AGAAAUACUUUGGCAUUGUACAGUUGCAGAUUUUGUAGCAUGUAACUGCUCAUCAAGUUUAUAUAAGUUGUUUGAUCGAUCAUGAAGUAACCUGCAGUGUUUUUAAAGCGCUCUAUGGUAUCAGUCUUGUAAAAAUCAACUCUCGUUGAGUUUUUCUGGUGACUGGUUUUUGGGGAGUAAUUCGUUCUCCUUCCUGCCAAACAACAAAGCGGUUGUCCAGCCAUCUCAGUUUCCUCUGACACAGCUGUCUCUGUCACAGCUUUGAUAGCACAUUUCCUUCCUUAAUAAGCUGCCUGUGAAAAUGCUUUGUACUGCACAGGAGGCUCAUUAAAUAUGCAUUAGCUGUAUCCACAGAGGACUAACUGUUUUUGCUGCUUCCCUCACCUCUAGCCACUGAGAAAAGUACAGUUACUCUCCCAACAGGAGCCUGAGUCUGUCUUUAGAUUACAUAUAUUUACUUCAGAUAGCUGUAGCACCCAUACUUUAAUUUUGUUGUGUCAAGAUCAGGUGCACUGUAAUCUUGACAUGCUUUGAUAUGCAAAGUUCUUCAUCUUCCCUUCCUCUGCCUGCUGCGUCAUUGUGUUGUCAUUAUCAGUGCUGUUUUGUGCAGCAAUAUGUUCGUUUAUGCCGAUUAGCCUGUGAAAGUCCUUAUCUUAUAUUCCAGGUUUGAAACAGCGCUUCUAUCUGGUGAACAUGUUUCUGUGGUCGGAGCCUGAGGGAGUUUUGCUUCCAGGUUGUCCAUGAGCCAGGCCGCAGGGUGGUGUUGGUGUUAAUGGCUGCUGCUGACAAUGAAAUGUCUCAGACAUUUGGGGAAGAAAUGUAAUGUUGGAGUUCGCUGUUGUUGGGGGACAUGUGUUGCUGAUUAUAUUUUUGAUAGACAUGCUUCAAGGCAGCUUUUUUUAGUCUCUGCCAUGCUAACAGUUGUGCAUCCAACCUACCAGCAGGAACACCAGUAUUUAUUUAUUUACCAGGGACAAUGCGCAUUAAUCAAUAUUUCAGUUUAUAUUUCAAAAAAAUGUGCCACAGUUGGCAAGAGAGCUCAUUUUUGUCUGUAGUCCGCGAGCAGGUUAUUACAAAUGAAUGGCCUAAUAUUAUCAACACAAUGCUUCACCAAGCACUGUUUUACAGCACAAUGCAACACAUUACAAUGCAAUACAACAAACAUGCAUAAAUACAUUACAAGAGGGACACCAAAGUUGUUCAUCAUGAGCUGGAUGCCAUUGUUGUGGUUUGAGGUGUGGAGAAUCGAUGUGUCUGCCACUGAGGCUGAAUCUCCCUCUUUCAUUAAUCCGCUGUCUGCUCCCCCUAUUUCUGUCUGCCUAUCUGCCAGUCUCUCUCCUUCCACCUCAAUCACUGUCACUUCUGGUGACAGUCACACUCGCAUAGGAAAACUCUCCACCCACCCCACUUCAGUCCGUGAGUGGUCAGAGGAUGUGAGGUGUGCUUAACAGUUUACCGAGUUAUUUCUUCUGUAUUUUCUUGUAAAACUUGACCAGCUGGGCCGUGCUCUGCUCAGUCUGUCUCUGUCCCCUCGCCGAUUUGCCUCGCCCUCCCACAGGAUGUGUUCUAUUUUUAAGCAGCCUACUUCUUUUAAUAAAUUCUCUCUUAGGUUUCUGACACAUUUGCCAGUGUUGAUUUAAAUGGCUCUGAAACCCAGGGGUUAGCAAAUGCUUGAACACUUGAAAGCUCUGCAAAAGAUGAUGUAUCUGGAGUGUCAUUAGAGUCAAUAUUGGAACAUCUAGUCGCUGUUGUGUUCUUGCGGUCCUGUUGUGUUAUGGUAAUUGAAUGUAAUUAUAGUGAACUGAAGGCCUUUUGCCUCAUAUUCAACCUGUAUAUAGACUACAAAGACAUGAAUUUAUUAGACUGAUGCAUUCUCAACCCAUGAGCAGUGCAGUGUUUUCUUUUUUUUGUCAUUAAUAUUUGAAUACCAGAAUGUUUCUGUCUUACAAAUGUUUUACGAGUCAGUCAAGUUGUUUUGGGCUGGAAAUGUCUGGAGACAUUUUGAUAGAUGUCGCACAGACGUGACAAAGUUUCUGUACACACACACACCCACACACAGACUCACACAGCCAUUGUGCUGACCUGCCUAUGAAAUUCCGCUGAGGCUCUCCUCUCCACUUCUCUCAUCUCUCCCUCCUCACUUACUCCUUUGUUCAUCUCAUUAUUUCCUUCCUCCUCCACUGAGGGAAGAGAAAAUGUGUCACUCACUACCUCUUACUGCCAAAUGAAGGACGACUCAGUGACGAGGAUUAUCCUUUUAACUGUGACCGAGCAGACUUCCCUGCGGUGACCUGACUUGACCCUGGCUUCUUUGGAGGAAAAAGGGGACAAAAGAUGGGCACAAAGAAAGAGUGCAGCCCCAAACAGCUGAUGAUGCUACCUGAGGAUGUUUUGGAGGUGUGGAGGGAUGUGAGCCACAUCCACUCUCACAGUUUGCUCACUCCCUCGUUCUCGUUCUGUCUCUUUCUUCCUCUGGCUGCUUUUCGAGCCUGCAGCAAACGCUUUUGAGAUCCAGGACACCUUCCUUUUAUCAUCUUUCUCUUCUUUCCCCUUUGUCCGGGAGAGUUUGUUCGUUCAGACUAGAUGGGGACUCACUGAGAUAGAUGAGAAGCAUUUGCAUUGCUUAACUGAGCACAGGCGCUUCCUCAAAGCCCCGAAGAGCCAUGGGAAGGGAUAGAAGCCUUUCCAGACACUUUCGGAUCUUCAUUCCCAAGAAGCACCGGGAGCGUUUUGAUGAGGUGGUGUCCCAGAGCCUGAUGAGCCGGAUCAAAGGGCGGAGCUUCAGUGACCCUAGCCGCAACCACCUUCGCCGCAGUCGGAGUGAGGAUCACUCCGAACGCCUUUUGGUGUCCACCCGCGCCAGUUCAGUGCCACGCACCCACGCAGAGGAAGGUGUGGUCCCCCCCGCCCGCGGCAUGCGCAAGACCACCUCACUCAUAGCUGGUCACUCCAGUGGCACCACCACCAACUGCAGGACAGUGAGAGUGUGUAAGGGUAACGCCAGUUUUGGCUUCACUCUAAGAGGCCAUGCUCCAGUGUGGAUUGACUCUGUCAUCCCUGGAAGCCCAGCAGACAAGGCAGGUCUUAAACCAGGAGACCGCAUCCUGUUUCUCAAUGGACUGGACAUGAGGACGUCCUCCCAUGAGAAGGUGGUGUCGAUGCUCCAGGGCAGUGGUGCCAUGCCCACUCUGGUAGUGGAGGAUGGUCCGCCUACUUUCACCCUGGCAGAGCAGGACCUGGCGGGGGGCGGCGUUCCCACAGAGCGUGCCCGCUCCCCUGUGUUCAGCUCCCUGCAGUGGGUGGCAGAGAUUCUUCCGCCCAGCAUCCGGGUUCAGGGCCGCACCUUCGGACAGCAGCUGGAACACCUGCUGACCAUCCAGGAAAGGUACACCAUCUGCAAGGCUCUGGAGAACUUCUUCCAGCACAGGAAUGUUGACACUCUGAUCGUGGAUGUGUUCCCGGUGCUGGAUACUCCAGCCAAACAGGUGAUCUGGCAGUUUGUUUACCAGCUGCUGACGUAUGAGGAGCAGGAGCACUGCCAGAGCAAGAUCUCACGCUUUCUUGGAUACAAAGCGCCAGUUCCACCACCACCACCACCUCCUCCCCCUCCUCCGGAGCCCGAGGUUGUCUCCGAGCCCCAUCGACGUAGCAGCUCCAUGAGGGUGACAGGGACCACGUACAGGAGCAGUGUGAGGGGACGUAGCUCUGAUGACCUGGUCAUUGGCACACACUUGGGCAUGGGCCUCCGUGUAGAGACAGUGCUGGAGACGGGUAUGAGGUUGGCUCCAGGAGAGAGACAGUCAGGAGAUGGUACUUCCCUUCCUGAGACUCCCAACAACCUCACCAAUCUGUCAGCAGUGUACGCUGAACUGGAGAACAUGUAUUCAUCCAAGAGGUCCAAGUCUCUGAAGAGUCGUCCUCCUCCCACUCCCGAGAGUUUGCUGGAUCUGGAGCCUCCCUCGCGCACAGCCUCCCCUACAAUACAUGCUAACACAGGUAGCCGAAAAGGCCCCCCACCCCCUACAUGCUGGCCAGAGCCCCUCCCCAGCCCUCCCCAAUCCCAGUUCUAUUCAUCAGGGCUGACAAGCCAGACCAGUGGGGAGUCCAACCCCUACAUCAGCCUGGACAGUCCCCCUCCAUCAUCCCCAGAGCCCCCUGACUACCUGUCUACUCCCCCCGGCGUCCGCAGCAACAAGCGGCGUUACACCUUCUCUAAACCACCUCGCUCAGAAGACACAGAUCGCUUUCUGGAUGCACUGAGCGAGCAGCUGGGACAGAGGGUGGCCAUCAUUGAUGACUUUCUGACACCGGAGAACGACUAUGAGGAGGAUGUUGUGCAGAUGGGCUUCCCAGAUGAGGAUGAUGACGACAAUAAUGAAGAGGAGUUGGCGGUGGACGAAGAUGAAAAUGGAGGAUUUGUGGCGCCAGAGCUCAGCAGUCCGAGUGAUGUUCAAAGCAGCAGUGGAGAAGAGAAUGCCUCCUCCCUAACCUACUCUUCCUCCUCCGACCACAUCCCUCCACCCCCGAUGACCCCUCCGCCACCCCCGCCUGUUCAGUUCAAUGACCCGCCUCCUCCACCUCCAACACCUGCACAGACUCAGUCUCAGCACCAGCAACAGCAGCAGCAGCAGCUUAGCUACACCCCUGAACACUCCCCAAGAGCAUAUGUGCCCAUCCGCCGCAAAUCUGGCCCCCCUCCCCCACCUCCGCCCCGCAAUAAUCCACUACCUAAACGGCACUCCUUACAUAAAGUGCUGCCCCCAAGAGAGGACCUUCAGGUCCAUGCUACCAUACAAGAGCUAAAAGCCUUCCAAGAGCAACAAGUCUACCAGGAAAGACAAGCCUAUGUGGAGCAACAACAAGCAUAUAAGGAGAGGCAGGCGUAUGAGGAGCAGAAAGCCUAUGAAGAACAACAACAACUGUUCCAAGAGCAGCAGGCUUACCAGGAACAACAGGCCUUUCAGGAGAAAAUGUUCAAGGAGAGACAGGCUUACGAAGAGCAGAAGGCGUAUGAGGAGCAAAAAGCUUUUGAAGAGCAACAAAUGUACGAGGAGCAACAAGUCUACCAAGGAAGACAAGCAUAUGAACAGCGCCAAGCUUACCAAGAACAAAAAGAGUUCGAACAGCGUCAAGCCUACAAGGAGCAAAAAGCACUUGAGGAGCUCGAAGCUUACCAGGAGCAAAAAGCUUAUGAAGAGCUUAAAGCAUAUGAGGAGCGUCAGGCCUACGAGGAGCAACAAGCAUUUCAAGAGCAACAGAUUUACCAGAGUCACCAUUCGAUGCCUAACCAGCCAACCCAGCAGAAAGCCCACUCACCGCUGCCUCCCCAACAACUCCACCAGUCCUUACCCCCUCUCCCCUCUCCAGAUUCCUCCCAUCAGCACGCUAACCAUCCGCUGUAUAUGAUGCAUCAAGCACAGCAGCAACAGGCCCACCAGAGUCAUCACCACCGACGUCAGUCCCGUUCAGCCCCACCUCCACACCAGGCAUCGCCCCAACCAACAGCCCACCCAAGCCAACAAGGUCAAUAUGCUGAGGGCAUCUACCAAAGUCAUCAGGGCAGGAGACCCCAGGCCCACCAUUCCUCUGUGGAGAUGCUUCACCAGAUGCACCAAGCCCCAGCCCAUCACGCUUCUACCGAGAUGCUCCAUCAGUUGCAACAAUCCCAGGCCCACAAUUCAUCUGCUGAGAUGCUCCAGCAGAUGCAACAAGCCCAUGCCCACUUCUCGUCAUCGGAAAUGCUCCACCAAAUGCACAAAACCAAGGCCCAUCAUUCCUCAACAGAGGUUCUGAACCAAGGUCACCAGAUGCAGCAAAUGCAGCCCCACCACUCCUCGUCCGAAGUUCUCCAUCAAGCGCACCAGAUGCAUCAGGGACAACCACACCAUUCAUCCACUGAGCUGCUCCAUCAAAUGCACAAACCCCAAGCCCACCACUCCUCCACAGAGCUGCUCCAUCAAGCCCACCAGAUGCACCAAGCCAAGCCCCACCACUCCUCCACAGAGUUGCUCAAUCAAGCCCACCAGAUGCACCAAACCAAGCCCCACCACUCCUCCACAGAGCUUCUGCAUGAAGCCCAGCAGGAGCCUGCCUCCCUCCCUUUUCAGCUAAACCGGGACAGCCACUCCCAUCAGAGUCGGAAAAGCCUUAAAGGUCAUCAUCAGACCCAAGUGUCACCGCAAGGGAGACACCAAGAACAGCAGAUCCACCAAACCCAUCACCCCCAGCCCACCAAACCCUCUCCCCAAAGACCCCACUCUAUCCAGCAGACCCAUCACCACUCCAGCGCACCUCAGAUCCACCACAUCCACCAUAUGACCCCACAGCCACCUCCGCAAGACUACCAACACCAGAUUCAUGUAAUCCACCCUCCCCAGCAGCCCCACAGGCCUCAGCCUCUUCUUUCCACCUUUCAGCCGCUUCAGCCACACCAGCCCACCCUCUCCUCUUUCCAGCCUCUGCCCCAACACCACCAAGUCCAGCCCUCCACCCAAGCCACCCGCUCGCAGUCCCAGCCCUCACAUCACCUGCUGCAGCAGCAACACCAGCCCCAAUCCCAGUCCCACCAUAAGCAAUCCCAUGGCCAAAACCAGCCCCAGUCCCUCCCGCACUCGCUAUCUGACCCUUCAGAGCACCUGGAGCCCCCUCCGCCUCCACCGUUGCCCCCGCCCUGCUCCCCUCCACCGUUGCCCAGGCCUUCGCUCUCCAGAAUGGACUCCAACCACAUGAGUGUGAAGAGGUUACGCUGGGAGCAGGUGGAAAACUCAGAGGGGACUAUCUGGGGACAGUUAGGAGCAAAUUCUGACUAUGACAAACUGCAUGACAUGGUGAAGUAUCUGGAUCUGGAGCUGCACUUUGGGACACAGAAGAGCUCCUUGCCUGUUCCAGAGCCAUCGCUUACAGAAACGUUCAGAAAGAAAGAUGUGAUUGAAAUCCUGUCCCAUAAGAAGGCCUACAAUGCCUCCAUCUUGAUAGCCCACCUGAAGCUGUCUCCCGGUGAGCUGUGCCAGGUGCUGAUGAACAUGGUCACUGAUAGGCUGGAGCCGGCCCACAUCAAACAGCUGCUGCUGUAUGCCCCUGAUGCAGAAGAGGUCAAAAAGUAUGAAUGUUACAGAGAGGACGCCAGCAAACUCAGUGAGCCAGACCAGUUUGUGUUGCAGUUGUUAUCAGUACCAGAGUACAAGACCCGCCUGCAGUGCCUCCUCUUCAAGUGCUGUCUGCAGGAGAAGACGGAGGAGUUGAGGGGCGCGUACGACUGUCUCUAUAAGGCUUCGAUCGAGCUGAAGACGAGCAAGAAGCUCGCUAAGAUACUAGAGUUUGUGUUGGCGAUGGGGAACUACUUGAAUAACAGCCAGCCGAAAACCAACAAAACUACAGGCUUUAAGAUCAACUUCCUUACAGAGUUGAGCACAACUAAAACAGUGGAUGGGAAGUCAACGUUUUUACAUAUUCUGGUCAAGUCGUUAUGUCACCACUUCCCCGAUGUGUUAGAUUUUUCCAAAAAUUUGACUAUGGUUCCCCUUGCAGUCAAAGUAAACCUGAGGACUAUCACAUCGGAUCUGAAUGACCUUCAUACAACCAUCCAGGACAUUCGCUCAGCUUGUCAGAAGAUGCCUGCGACUGCUGAGGACCGCUUUGCUGUCGUCAUGAGUAACUUUCUGGAAAACAGUCAUCCAGCAAUCCAGUCUCUGGAGUCCCUGCAACAGAGAGCUAUGGAGGAAUUCAGCAAAACCGCUUCUUACUUUGGAGAAGACAGCAAAGCCACAAACACUGAGGCCUUCUUUGGUAUCUUUGCUGAGUUCAUGGACAAAUUUGAGAGAGCUCUCAGUGAUCAGCAAGCUGCAGAAAAUCAGAAGAGCCCCAGAAGUCCACGAAUGGCCUCCCCUCUGGCCUGGUAACACACACACACGCACACACGCACGCAUAUGGAGAUGAGUACAUAGUUCAUAAACACACACGACGCAGACACAUUCACACAUUCUGUUUUUACAUGCACAAGCACAUACACACUUCCUUAAUGCACAAUUUUGGGCCAAAAAUAGAUUUUAUGUAUCCAUGUGUUUUUGGUAAAGUUGACAUGAGGCAAGAAUAAAUGUAUUUUGCAUCAAAGAUGGCCAAAAUAGCUUUAUACCAGUGGUAUAGUUACAUACUGUAUAUCCUUCUAAAACUUUAAUGACUAAAACUGCUACAUAGAAAACAACCUUGUCAGGCCGUCGUCGUAUCUCUACUAUUUGAAAGACAGUUUCUCAGUAACAUCCUGUCGUUAAAUAUUUCUUUCUCUAAGCCUGAGUGUGUGUGUGCUAUUACAAUUCUACAGUGAAAUCUUUGUUAUAUAUCCACCAUUAAGACAUAGAUUUACAAAAAUACAUUUUAUCCUGAACUAGAUAUUUAUUAAAAUACAUUCACAUUCUCUUGGUGGUUUCGAAGAAAACCACAAAAGCAGUUUGUUUUUGUGUUCUGUAUUUUUUUUAAGCCACCCGGCACACUGAAUGUAACAUAAGUUCUCUACUGACUAAGUUUAGCGUAUUUUCUCAAGUAAAUUCUUUUGUCCGGAUGAUUUCAUUAACUGCUUUGUAUCUAUUCCUCACUGUUACCGGAUUUCCAUAUGAUUUCUUCUUUUCUUAUUCUAACUUAGUGUUAUUAACAUGUAUAUAUAUAUAUGAGACAACAUCAGUGGGAAGGUGGACCCUACCACUUGUUUUUAUACAUUUUAACUGCUCCAAGGGUCAACUUCAACUGGUCUGCAGUCUUUAACCUGCAAAGUAUAGGUAGUAGAGGUGGGAUUAUGUGGACCUAACAGCGGGCAGUGUGCAAUAUGUGAAUGUUUAACUGUGUUGGAUAAUAUACUACAUAUUAUUAUACUAUAUGAAACUUUAACAGAACUAUAUUGUGUUUGUAUUGUUCAGAAUGAGAGUGGAUAUAAAGGAAACGGAUGCAGAUGCUACAGUAUAUAUGAAGCACUUUGUUACUGUCACGUGUUACCCAAAUAUUUAUUUUAUUGAUCGUGUCAUAUGGAACAACCAUAAAGUCAUUAAGUAUAGUGUAGCCGAUGCAGCAUUUUACAUACAGUUAUUAAUACAGCUUAUGAGAUGUGCCAGUGCUCCGUGAAACAUACAUUUAGUCUCCAAGUGAUAUUUUAAAAUGGUAAGGCAAAUUAUUAUGAUAAUAAUGUGUGCAGCUAGUAAAAGCUUUGUUUUCUAAUCGUCCAAGUUGUUUUUUUUCUGCUUAAAUUACAGAAUGUAAACCUCUAAAGCAUUACCGUCCAUUUAAGGCCUAUAAAAGUGUUCUGUCUGUAUUUUGUAUUGUAUCCUAACGAUGCUGACAACUACAACGAAUGGAAUAAAAUCUACUUUUGCCUGGAUGUCUUAGUUUUUAAGAUUUUUGAUGUAAAAACUAUGGAAAUCGUAUAGAGAAAUAAUACUGUAUGCACAAGUGUAUUAUUGACCGGACAAUAAACAACAUUAAGAAU